GCUGCUGUUUCACAGCUGUCGCUUUCGUCACUCUCGCUGCGAGCCGGUCAACGUUUCCAGAACUGACGUCAACGAGAGAGAGAGGGGGGUCGCCAGGGACCGAUUUUUCGCUGCUGCUGCUGUUGUGGGGGAGACUUACAGGAAAGAGUCAUGCUUCGGAGAGGGCUGAUGAAGUUCGUGGACAGGGAGCCCGUGGCGGCGGUUUCGCUGGGACUAGGCUUGUUCGGAUUCUCGCUGCCCUUCAUCGUGCCCCCCAUCAGACAGAGCCUUGGGCUCUGCACCAAGCAGAGCUCACCGACAUACGAGCUUCCUAAGCCAAGAAUGCCGCCGGGAGUAGUUCAAUCGGGCUGACUUGUCCGAACCGUUGUCGACUAUUAAGCUCGCGUCUACAUAGUUUGAUGUUGGGUCUUACAGACUGGUACCUCGCAGCAAAGCAGAAUGGUGCGGUCGUAUGUAUAGCGGAGACGGUAAGAUAUUUGAACGGAGUCGUAAAGUUUGGCCGCUCCGCAUCGCGGAAUCGCCCGGGGAGCGGAGGAAUGCCAGAGUCCUGCGUGCCCAGCCUCUGUCCCGGCUUACGUCUCGGUGCUAGAGGAGCAUGUUUUAGUUAGCGGCGGUGGUCCACGGCGUGUGGCAGGGCUGCCGAUGGGUGACGACCGUUCUCGGUUAGAUGAAAUGGUCUCUCCGUCUUUGGAUGUGUGAUACGAAAAAGGGGCUAUCGAUGGGCGGGGAUCUCAAGUUUGUUUUCGUUUUCAGUAGACGUCACCCUGGGGAUGCAGAGCUGGGUCCUCUUACGAUGGGGAGCAUGCUUCACAAACAUGGUUCACGCGGUGCUGGCGGCAAGACGUGCGCUUGCAGUGCCGUAUUUGCGGCGCCUGGCCGUGUGCGGAAAUGGCGCAACACUGCCGUUCAUAGAUGGAAAUACUGUUCUUAUGGCGGGUCCGUUGAUCAGACAUGGGUAAUUGCGUUGGUUGAGGGCGUCCGCUCGCAGGCUCGCAGAAUACCUCAGAAAUUGCUUCACGUUGGAUAUGAGGUUCCCGGAACGACACAUCACUAUUGGCUGUCUUAUCGAAACCUGAUACCUAGUGUUUGGGUUGUGUUGUUCUGUGUCGAGAGUUGGUUGGGUGGCUAGGAUCGCUUUGGAAUCUUCGAAUCGAUUCCUCAACGACAACCACACGGAGGGGUAUCCAACCCGUGUGUGCCUGCACAGCACUGACUGGUGUGUGCUCGGGUACGGAAACUCGAUUCGAUGUGGGCGCUUUUACGGGUGUGAUCGUGAUGACAGCCGUCGUGUGGCAAGUAGGGCCCGGUGUGUCCGUUCCUAUGCGUACGGCGUCGUCCAUCAAAGUGGGAUAACCUCUAGGCCUGCGUAUGCUCCUAUGAAGAGGCGACUGAACAAGC